GAAAAGUGGACAAUCCCUGAAGUAAAUGGAAGAGUAUCCAGAAGAAUUGAGGAGUCCACCAGUGGCGCUGGUAGCGUUGGUAGGUUGCUCAGAGCAGCAUGGUGCGAUAACCACCCAUCUCCUCUCCCAGCAGCCUCCUAUCAACACCCUCGCCUUGCCCGAAUUCUCUAUACUCACCCCUUCUCCAAGCUCCUCCUCUUCCUCCUCUCCACCGGCCGGAUUUUUGAAAAGGGAUUGGCUGGUUAAGCACCGGACCAAGAUCCCCGCCGUUGUGGCAGCCCUCUUCUCCUGGGAUCAUGUGUCCGGUGACCCUGCACAAUGGGUCCAAGUCUGCUCCGAUCUGGAUGACCUAAAAGCCGCCAUUCGUCCAAGAAACACCAAAUUGCUUCUCGUGGUGGUGGGCAAAUUGGAGGACAUUAGUGAAGAUCGUCUCCUUGCCUUACGGAAGCGAGCAGAGGUUGAUUCCAAGUAUCUUCUCCUCUAUAACCCGGAUCCUUCCCAACUAUAUAACUCUCUUCAAAGGUUGAGCGUUAGUUUUGCCGAACUAGGAGCUAUAUUUUACAAAGACAAAGGUCGAAGGAUUAAAGCUCGCAUUGAAAAGAAGAACUUUCCCACUCCCGACCUCCAAGUUCGCUACUGUUUCAAAGUUGCUGUAUAUGCAGAGUUCCAACCAGACUGGGCUGAAGCCUUGAGGUUCUAUGAGGAUGCCUAUCAUGCUCUGCUUGGGAUGGUUGCUACCUUAACAAGAUUGCCUCCCAUACAACAGUUAUAUGAGAUCAAAAUUGUUGCUGAACACUUGCAUUUCAAGAUUUGCACUUUGUUGUUGCAUGGUGGAAAGAUCAACGAAGCAGUCGCAUGGUUCCGCCAGCACAUUGGCUCCUACAAGACCCUUGUUGCAGCUCCAGAAGUCAUUUUUCUUCACUGGGAGUGGCUCAGCAGGCAAUUUUUGGUUUUUGCUGAGUUGCUUGACUCAAGCUCUGCUACUCUUCCGAGUGCUUCCUCUCAGCCAUUAGGCACUGCCGACCAACCUCUAAAUGAAUGGGAAUUCCAUCCAGCUUAUUACUAUCAGUCAGCAGCUCAAUACAUGAAAGAAAAGAGAUCUGCUUUGGAGUUGGCAGUGUCAAAUUCAGAAACUUCUAAUGAGAAUGAUGAUGGAAGUGCUGAAUCUGUGGUACCGUCAGUUUAUAUUGGUCAGUUUGCUCGGCUACUUGAGCAAGGGGAUGAUUCAGCUAUACUGUCCAUUACCGAUGAUGAAUGCACCCGUUACGUGAUUGACGAGGGAAAAACGUUUCAGGACUCCUUUGAAAUUAUUGCCUUGCUCAAAAAGUGUAAUGAAAUGUAUAGUAAUCGUAAAUUUCAGAGGAUGGGUUCACUUUGUGCCUUUCAGAUUGCUAGAGAAUAUUUUUCUUUGGGUGAUUUCAGCAAUGCAAAACAGUUUUUUGAUGGGAUUGCAAAUCUAUAUAGGCAAGAAGGAUGGGUUACUUUGUUGUGGGAGGUUUUGGGCUACUUGAGAGAGUGCUCAAGGAAACAACGUGCGAUAAAAGAGUUCAUAGAGUUCUCUCUUCAAAUGGCUGCAUUGCCAGUAUCUAUGGUCGAUAGCAUCCAGUCCUCCAAAUGUGGUCCUGGAGGACCUGCAAGUCUUGAACAGAGAGAACUGAUACACAGAGAAAUUUUUGCAUUCAUAAGUGGGGAAGCUAGACCAGAAUCCCUCAAUGGACUUGAUGAUCUCAAAUUAACCGGAGAUAAUACCCUUCAUCUUGAGAUUGAUCUCGUUAGUCCACUCAGAUCUGUACUUCUUGCUUCAGUGGCUUUUCAUGAACAGAUAAUUAAGUCUGGUGUCUCCUCCUCCAUUACAAUAUCACUUCUAUCACAUUUACCCGUUUCCAUUGAGAUUGAUCAGCUGGAAGUCCAAUUUAAUCAAUCUCAAUGUAAUUUUAUCAUCGUGAAUGCCCAAAAACAUCCAUUAGAAGCACCACAGAUUGAGCAACAUGAUCAUCGAAUGGAGAGUGCUCCUUCUUUAGCACUUGUUUCAAACAAAUGGCUGCGGCUGACUUAUGACAUCAAAUCUGAACAAAGUGGAAAGCUUGAAUGCAUAUCUAUUAUUGCAAAAAUGGGACCCUACUUGAUCUGCUGCAGAGCUGAAAGUCCUUCAAUGGAUGAUUUACCUCUUUGGAAGUUUGAAAACCAUGUAGAAACUUUCCCCACAAAAGAUCCUGCUCUAUCAUUCUCUGGCCGGAAGGCUGCUCAGGUUGAAGAACCUGACCCACAAGUGGAUGUUAUUCUUGGUGCUUCUGGCCCUGCAUUAGUUGGAGAGAGAUUUCUGGUACCAGUUACCAUAGCCUCCAGGGGCCAUGCCGUCUACGCUGGUGAAAUGAAGAUAAAUCUUGUGGAUGUGAGAGGAGGUGACCUGUUUAGUCCUAGGGAAUCUGAGUCUCUUUCACUGGAUACUCACCAUGUUGAGCUUCUUGGCAUUGUUGGAUCAGAACGGGAAGAUGAAUCUCAAAUGGGCUCUGAUAAAAUCAUGAAAAUUCAACAAUCUUUCGGAUUGGUUCCUGUUCCGUUUCUAAAGAUUGGAGAAUCAUGGUCAUGCAAACUAGAAAUCAUGUGGCACUGACCCAAACCAAUUAUGCUUUUUGUUUCAUUGGGCUACUCCCCGAUUUCUUUUGAGUUGAAUGCACAAAAAGUCAAUGUUCACAAGACAGUGCAAAUCGAAGGAAAGGAUGCUGUUUUAAUUAGCCAACGUUUUAUGCUGCCUUUCCGCAGGGAUUCCUUGUUGCUUUCAAAGAUCAAGCCGGCCCCUGAUUCCAAUCAGUUUUCAUCCCUACCCCUGCAUGAAUCAACUGUACUUGUUGUUAGUGCUAAGAACUGCUCUGAGGUCACAUUGCAGCUACUAUCAAUGGCUAUUAAAGUUGAUGAUGGUGCAGCUGAAAAGUCAUGUUCCAUCCAACACGGCAAUGAAGAUCUUGGCAAUGUGGUUCUUGUGCCUGGAGAAAAAUUCAAGAAAGUUUUCUAUGUUAUUCCUAAUCUCGAUUCCUCGAAGCUUAGACUGGGGACAGUGUAUCUAAAAUGGAAGAGGCAUUGUGGAAUUGAAGAUAGAUCUGAUUUGACUGUGAUCAAUUCCAAGGUUGUAACUAAACACGAACUCCCCGAGGUACGUGUAGAGUUGUCACCGAUUAUUCUGACUUUGGAAUGUCCUCCUUAUGCCAUCCUUGGAGAUCCCUUCAUGUACCAUGUUAAAAUCCGUAACCAAACCGAUUUACUUCAGGAGGUUAAGUUUUCAUUGGCAGAUUCGCAAAGUUUUGUGUUAUCUGGGUCUCACAGUGACAUGGUGUUUGUUCUUCCAGAAACGGAGCACAUCCUUUGUUACAAAGUAGUGCCUCUUGUCUCAGGUUUGCAACAGUUGCCUAGAAUAUCAUUGACAACUGUGAGAUACUCUGCUCGAUUUCAGCCCUCCAUUGAUUCAUGUAAUGUUUUCGUUUUCCCUUCCAAGCCACUUUGCAACAUGGUAGGUAUAACAGAAAAAAGGGUGGAGGAGCCCGCUGUAGCAGACUAAAUUCUAUUCUUUAUUCAUUGUGAUUCUUACGACAUUAUUUCCGUAUUUUUAUGAAUAUAUGGAGGAGUCUUCGUUUCUUGAGACCAAAGUUUUGUGGUUGAACAUAAGCAAGAACCUUGGAUAACUCGGAGGUAUCGAUUAGCUUGUUUUCGUUUUUGGUGCUAUGGAAUAAAAGAAAGCUUAGACAGGUCAAUGGUGCGAGAUGAUGGUGGUGGUUCAUAGGCAUGAAAGAGGUGACAAACAUUUUAUUCUAUAUUUUACAUGGUAUUUUGGUGGUCCAAGUAGUCUCUCUAGAGUUUGAACACUGUAAUAUAGAGGGAGGAAGCAAUUUGUUGGAUGAGAG